ACAGUUAAAACUAUCGACAAUCGAUAACGUCGCGGUGCCGUGCGUAAGUGAUGGCCAACUCUAGCUGGUUGUAACCAUUGAGAAUCGAGCAUUAUGGGCGACUUGAGCUGGAAAGAUUUCUUGAGCCAGGCCAAGCAGUUCCUUGAAAUGUCCCAGAAGUUGGGUGAUAAUUGGAUGUUGGAGCAAAAGGACUCGAAUGAACCGAAUACCUAUCUCAAAUAUCGUCAAAAGAUUAAAUGCCAAGGUGGCAAGGACAACUCGGCUGAGUUAAUUAGUGUGGAGUAUCAUGUGGUCUUUAGUGUUUCCUAUCAAGUACCAAUGUUGUUCUUCCAGGCACACAGAUCAGAUGGAAGCCUUCUAGAUCUGGAGGCCAUUUGGCGACUGUUCAUGCCCGAAUCGAAGGCCAGCGAUCUCCACCAGAUACUCACCCAGAUGGAUCACCCGGUGCUUUUCAGACCCUUCAUGGCACUGCAUCCAUGCCGCACCGCCGAAGUGCUGAAGCAGUUCGGAAAGCCCAGCUCCAACCAGGUGCUUACCUUCAUCAGUCUGUACGGACCACAUGUGCAGUUGUACCUGCAAAAUGCGUACGGCUUAAGCCAGGAUUUUACGUAAUUUGAAUUUAUUGGUGGUUGUUUUAAACACUGGUUAUAGGAGUAUACAUAGUGGUUACACCUUAACUUGGGACCCCAUCGCCACCAGUUCUUGGCACGAGUGAAGAUCCAUGGGGCAUAGGGUCGUAGCAUGACAUGACACCUGCAGCAGCACAUCAGUGGAUAAUUUAAGUUGAAAACGAAAAUCUAAUGGAGCUACUAAAGGAACCCAGCUUUGUACACAGAUUAUAACUUCGCUUAGGCGAUACAUUCAACUACUUAGGCAUUAAUAUAUCAUCGCUUAACGUAGUGUAUAGUUUUCAAGUUCCACUUGCUAUUUUCGUUCAUUUCUCUGGUAAUAUCAACUAGUAGCUACUUUUCGAUUACUUCGAUUUAACAUUAGACAGGUAUACGCUUACAUCUAGUUGUACUGUACACAAGCGUGGCCUUGCUGAGCCGCUUUGCUUUGCAUUUUACUAAUAUUAAGUGGUUCAUUUAUAAUUAAUGUUAACUGGCUACUGUGUGGCAUUAGCGGCGUCCCGGCGCUGGCACUAAAUCCCCGUGUUCCUGGCGGAGCCGAGGACUCGUGGGCGCGGGGAAUCGCAUUGAAAAUGUUUAUUUGCAAAAUUAAAUCGACUUUUAUGUAUAUUA